UGACGCAAAGGUUAUCUCAUAUCCAUCUUCCAAGUACCGAUAGCGCGAACAAUUCCUUACUGCUUAGUCGAAGAAAUAGGUAGCGCUAGGAGGUAGCUUAUCUCAAACGCAACGCCUGAAGACAUACGCGUCCUUUGGGUCCGGGAGGCAUUAAAGCCAUGAGAAGUUUAGCUACUUUACAUCAGCCACACGCGAGCUGCUCACAAAGCGUUGGGCAACAGGCUCGCAGACGGUCGCUCCCAUGUCGACGUAGCGGUUGUGCGCGUGCGCCAAGGUUGAUGACUCGAGCAGGUUCACCAGUCCUCGAAGCAUCUGGCGAUCAGGACGACGCUAACAUCACGCCUCCAAUUGACGCAUUUGAGGAGCUUGUGAGGCUGGCGGUUGAGAAGGAUCCGUCGCUUGCAUCGCUUGCCGAGCAGCACCUGCGGAGCAAGAAGGUCACCGCGUCUUCUAGCUUGCUUGGCCCAUCCUUGUCAGCGCUACCUAACCAAAGCAAACCCGCGUGGCUGCGGCAACGAGCGCCUCAGGGCGAUGUAUACAAUGGCCUGAAGUCGCAGCUGCGCGGACUCAAGCUGGCAACCGUCUGUGAGGAGGCACAGUGUCCAAACAUCGGAGAAUGCUGGAAUGGGGAGAUGGCCACCGCAACCAUCAUGUUGCUCGGCGACACAUGUACUCGCGGAUGCCGAUUCUGCGCGGUCAACACCGCACGCACACCUCCCCCGCCCGACCCAGAUGAGCCAGUCAACACCGCCCAAGCAGUAGCCUCCUGGGGCGUUGGUUAUGUCGUACUAACGUCCGUGGAUCGAGAUGACCUGCCGGACGGAGGCGCCGAGCACUUUGCACGCACGGUCCGAACACUGAAGCAGCUGAAGCCGAACAUCCUUGUGGAGUGCCUCACCCCGGACUUCCGAGGAGACCUGGACGCGGUGCGGCACCUGGCUGGUUCCGGGCUGGAUGUGUUCGCUCACAACGUGGAGACGGUGGAGCGGCUGCAGCGCCGAGUGCGCGACCCACGGGCCGGCUACAUGCAGACGCUAGCAGUGCUACGCGCCGCCAAGCAGGCUGGUGUAUACACCAAGUCUUCCAUCAUGUUGGGGCUGGGCGAGAGCGAUGAGGAGGUGGUGGACACCAUGUUGGACCUCAAAGCCGUUGGGGUGGACAUCUUCACGCUGGGGCAGUACCUGCAGCCCACACCGCACCACCUGCCGGUGAGUGAGUUUGUGACUCCAGAGAAGUUCGAGUACUGGCGCCGGUUCGGUCAGGAGGAGAUUGGGUUCCGCUACGUGGCGUCCGGACCCAUGGUUCGCUCCUCCUACAAGGCGGGCGAGUUCUUCCUGCACUCCAUGAUCGAGUCAGACAGGGCCGCCAUGCGGGCGAGCAGGGCGCAGCAGGGGCAGCAGCAGCAGGUGGGGCAGCAGGAGCAGGGAGGGCAGUGGUAGUAGCAAGGGCAGCAGGAAAGAGGCGUUAGGACGGCAGUGUGUAAUUGAUGGGUUCAAUGGGCUCCACGGCGGUAUUGUGGGCCGCCAGCGUUUGUACGUCAAGGCAUGGCAAGACGCAGGAUGGGGUCACAGUCGUGUGUGCAGGAGGGGGAGGGGGGGGGGAAUUGUUUCUCUUUGGUGACAAGUCUGAUGGCGCAGGAGUGGUUGGGGGUGUAAGAUAGUGUGGGAAGGUCCAGGGUUUUCAGAGCCUGUUGGUUUGCAAGCCACGAAGGUCAUAGUGGCGCACUGUUGUACCAGGCGUAUUCGUUCGUGAAGAGUGCACGCGGACUGGGGUGGGCUCAACUUAAAGGAGGAGCUGCGAACGAGCAGCGACUACACCGUAAUGCAUACACUCGAGCGUCCAAGGAUUGGAUGGCUAGACAUUCGGGAAUGCGUGAUGGGGGAAACGACGGUUGGAGACGGUGGUGCUGCAGGGACGCAUGCAGAGUGGCGCCUCGGUUGCCGAGUGUGCCCAGCGGGGUACUGAUUGCUCGUAGGGUGCUCGACGACUCGAAUUUGUGAACUUGACAAGUUUUGGCGCUCGAUUGGUCAGUGUACCGUUGGAAGCUGUUGACGGGUAUCGGCAACAUAGGGGGGUGACGUGUUUACAUGCAUGGGGCCCAGGAUACUGCAGUGACUCGCAGGACUGGAUCGGGUGCUAAUUAGUUACAAGACGGUUUCCCCCUCGUAGCCAUAUCCGGUAUGGUGCGUUCUGUACUUCUACGCAGAAUAAUGAUUGAAAGUCAUUGUUAGCGAACAAGAUGGCCCCCAGUCAAGAGCGGUCAUGGCCGGCCUGAAGGGGGUUACGGGCGUUAACCUAGCCUGGAG